CACAUCUUCGCAUAGCGUUGGUUUAGUGUAGAUUUUUGCUCGCACGGAAUUGGUUGCAUAACAAGCGCCGGCGCAGUGUAGCAGACGGAAAGGACAGAAAAUUAUUUAAAAAAAGUGAAUUAAGAAAAUAAUAUGAUUGAAAUUUCAAAUCCAUUGGAAAUGAUAGAUUAGAGAAUAUGUGCUUAAAAUUAAAUUCUAAAAAUUUAUAAAGUUAGAAUAAAAAUCAAAUAAAUUGUUUUAUUGAAAUAAGUUUAUGAAAUAAAGCAAAGUUAUAAGACUGAUUCUUAAAGGCACAUAAAAAGUGAUGUGACUAUAUAUUGGUGGAAAAUAUUUUUUAAAUGCUGGAAAUUAUCAGCGCUUGGGAUAUAUAAUAUAAACAGAAAAAUUGAAAUAUUACACUUCCUCAUAGUUUUUUUAGUCAAUGUGAAUAAUUCAAGUUUUAUAUGUACCAGUGAUAUAUGCGAAUAAUCUUUCAAUAAAAUAAUAAAUCACUUAAGGGAUAGAUUACAGAAGGGAUAAAGACCGGUUCCAGUUCUGUAAUUACUUACCAGUGUGAGAUCAUUUCGUAUGUUAAUUUUUGUCAAUUCAUUUCAAUCAACUUGCUAAAACAGCAAAAAAAAAGCAAAAACCAAAAAAUUCUUAGCGCUAAACUUGACCUUCACCAGCAACGAGAAUGCUUCCUGCUACUUCAACAUUAUGUGGAAUAUUUUCACUACUAAUAGCUGGUUCACCAAUAUUCUAUAGUCCUGCGCCACGUGGUGUCUGCUCCAAUUGCUGUGCGAUACGUGAACGAGAAGAUAUUAAAUUUCUGCUCUACACGAACAAAAAUCCGCAAAAAUCACAAAAUCUCUACCUGGCCGAUGAACGUCGGUUGGCUAAAAGUAAUUUCGAUUUGCAACAACCGUUAGCUUUCUAUUUGCAUGGCUUCUCAGAAUCGGCCAUCGGUGACAAUCAGAGCAGCCAACAACUGAAGGAUGCCUUUUUGAAAUCGGGCAAUUACAAUGUCAUCCUCGUCGAUUGGAGUCCCAUGACGGCGUUGCCUUGGUAUACAAAUGCUGUCGAAAAUUUGCCGGUGGCGGCGCGUUUCAUCGCGCGUUUUUUGCGUUUUCUUGUCGCGAGUGGCUAUCAAACGCGACUCAUUCAUGUGAUUGGUUUCAGUUUGGGCGCCGAGGUGGCAGGUUUUGUGGGCAAACAAUUGUUGGAGUGGGGUGUGGUCUUGCCAAGGAUAACCGGUCUCGAUCCACCUCUACCGCUUUUCGAGGUAGACAGCGGCAAUCGCCACUUGACCCACACCGACGCACGCUUUGUCGAUAUUAUACACACUGACGGCGGUAUACUCGGCAAUCCGGAGGAAAUGGGUCAUGCAGAUUUCUAUCCCAAUGGCGGGCGACCCUUACAACCGGGUUGUGCUAGGCAAGAGAUAGCCAACAAUCGUUGGUUGGGCAUACUGAUUGGUUGCAGUCACCAACGCGCUUGGGAAUACUUUGUAGAGUCUAUAAAUAGACCAUAUGCUUUCCCGGUGGACAGCUGUGAGCCAACGGAGCAAUUUGGUAGAUGCAAGGACGGCAAUGGACGAGCGUUUAUGGGCAUAGCGGCGGAUCAAAGAUUGCGUGGUAAAUUCUUUUUGGAAACAAAUGAUAAGCCACCUUACGGCCGCGAUGCCGAAGCGACAGCGCCGACAUCCCCAAGCGAAAUAGCAACAACAUCAGAGGCUGUUGCUGCGUUGCCCAUGCUGCCAGCUGUCGAGAAAAUUAAUGGCACUCGAGGCCAUGACAGCAAUACCUUGAGGAGAACAAGACAUACAAAAGCGGCGACAAGAAUAUCAACAGUGGCGAAGGCGCCAACACCAACAGCAGCAAGAGCAGCGAAAACAAUAAAAAGAGAAACAACAGCAACAACAAAAGCGAGAACAACGCGAACAAAAGCAAUCUAAUGCAACAACAAGUACAACUCCUUCGAAAAAAAUACAGAUAGUUAAAGGCAGAUGCAUUAGCGAGCAGCUUCUGGCCAGUGGGGUGUAGCGGGUGUGUGUGGGGUUUGGGGUGUGGUUGGCCACAAGGCUAUUGUAGGCGCAGCUGUUUUGCAGCAACAACGCAAUAAUGUCCAGAGUGAAUUUGAGGAGAUUUGAACAGAUUUGCUUUCAGUGCGCGCAUAAAGCCGCGGUCGCAGCCAACAGCUGAGCUACACUCAAACAGCUGAGGCAAUAGCAAUGGCAGAGGUGGCAAAUACAGAAGCGGGAGCAGAGGCAUGUAAUCAUUUUGUACUUGCAGUCAAAAGGAUUCGAAGGACUUAGCAAACAGUAAGAUGAUGCUGAUGGAGAUGCAGCAAUGGGUAAAUUAGGGUGGGGGUUGUGUUGCUGAAAAUAUAAAUUGCUACGAUUUUCAGCAGCGCAAAUAUUUAAGUUAACACUUUUCAAAUGUUGAUGCCAAAAAGUAAGAAAACUACUUAGUAACUAGGAUUUGAUGAAUGAUGAUGACAGUCUGACAAGAGUGAAUAAUAGGCUGAAAAGCCAUAAAACGACAAUAGUGGUGCUGUAAAAAUUCAUAUUGGAAUAUUGUAAAUUUAAUUUGAUGUAAAGUAAAGCUGUAAAGGUUACAGUAGGACUUUAGUUUUAAAACUUUUAGAAUAUUUAGAUAAAAUAGUAAAAUCAUGAAGCGAGUUGUCUAAAUAUACGAAGUAUUUAAGAAAAAAAUUCAGAAAAGGCAAAAAUGUAAAUAAAAUAGUACAUUAAUUAGUCAUAUAAGCUUUUAGUAGCAAGUAAAUAUGUUCCAGGAAAUGAUAUAUUUAUUUAUAAUACAUAGAUUAAGUGCGAAAUAUGAUUGUAUUUAUAUAUAC